CCCGUCACCCGCCCGCCUGUUCGUUUCCAGUCCAUACUAUCUUAGUCCGUGGUCAACAAAAGCCAGCUUAUCAUGUCGGUAAUCAUUAUAAAUUGGUAUUUUUAUUUUGUAUUGUUAUAUUUAUUUUUGUUACAUUCCGUUUGUCCAUCGCCAUUCGCCAUGAUUCGUAAUCCGAAUGAUAGUUUUUAUCAUCAUUACUGUUGUUUAUUAUUCUAAAUUCUUUUAAAUGUCGCCUACAGCAUAAUAUACAAUAUACGCAGCCUACACUACUGUAGUUCAGUGCUUCAGUGUAUUAUAAUUAUAAAUUAUUUUAGUACAACAAUAUUACAUGUAGUGGACAGUGGUCUGUAGUGGACUACAUUCGUCGAGAUGAAUGUCAAAAAAAAGAUCUUGCCGGUAAUAUGCUUGAUGUCAGCGUACGUGCACUGGAUCAAGCCUCGUUUGCUGUCUGCUUCCGCGUCUAAGGGCGGCAAAUCGCUGCUAUUGCAUCUGUGUGGCCGUUCCAGGUUUCUCAUACCCAUGAUCGUGUUCACUGCGUUUUGGCUGUUUGACGCACAGAUGCAGAUCGAGGCUUCCGUCAGCCUGACACUCAGGCGCAACGUACAGAUAACUAUUGGUACAGCUGAAGAGGAGCCCGAAGUGGACGUUGAUGACGAUGAUGAGGAAGAGGAGGACGACGACGAUGAUGCUGAUGAUGAUGAUGACUUAUACACCAUUGAUUCGUAUUCAGACAUCUCUUCUACUUCCGAUGUUAGUAUGCUUGGAUUGGAAGACGUGCACAUCGCAUUACAGGAGUUUAUCAAUAGUGAUGGAGCUGGUAGAAGGUUUUCUAUUAGGCAUUCCCUUCAUCGCGAUCACCAUGAGCAGUAAAAUCAACUCUAAGAGAGUUGAUAGAAAAAACGGUUUUUGCCAUCCAAAAGAAUAGAGUAGGUGUAUUUUACAAAGCCAUAAGUUAACUACUCUAAAUGUAAUAUAUUUUGUUUAUGUUUAAUAAGGUAACAAAGUACCGUAAUUUUAGAGUUUAAAGAAAUUGCAUAUACACGCGUGUACAUGGUUGUGUGUAUAUUUACAUGUUUGACUGUUAUUGACAUACUUCAUAUUAUUCAAUAUAUAAUAUUUAUUUUA